AUGAAGUGGGGACCGUGCAGGGAUCUCUCCGAUGUUCGGGCAUUCUUGGGGACGAUCGGUGUCGUUUGGAUCUUCAUUCAGAAUUUUGCACACAGGGCGCAUGCACUGACAAUGUUAACACGCAAAGAUUUUCCAUUCGUGUUCGGCCCAGACCAGAUAGUGGCCCAGGACGACCUUCGGUCAGCGCUUCUCGAAUCGCCAGCCCUUCAGCCGAUCGACUAUGGGUCGGCAGCCAACGUCAUCCUCGCCGUCGACACUUCCCAAAUCGCAGUCGGCUUCCAUCUUUGUCAAUGUGCGCUCGACAAUCCUCGGGUUUGGUACUAUGCCCGAUUUGGCUCCAUCACCCUUAACGACCGCGAAUCGCGAUUCUCCCAACCCAAGCUCGAACUCUACGGCCUCUUUCGCGCCCUCCAAUCGCUCAAGAUGUACCUCAUUGGCGUUCGGAACCUGAUAGUCGAAGUAGAUGCAUGCUACAUCAAGGGCAUGCUCACUAACCCGGAUCUCGAACCCAGCGCCAGCAUCAAUCAGUGGAUUGUCUCCAUCCUCACCUUCCAUUUCACACUCGUCCACGUCCCCGGCACCUCUCACGGCCCCGAUGGACUCUCCCGACAACCACCACAACCCUCUGAUCGACCCGAACCCGAAGACGACUUUGACGACUGGAUCGACAAUCUCUACGGCUUCCUCCAUCUGAUCAACAACACAUUCCCAUCCUCCAUAUCGGCCUCUACAACCGCCAUCUUCACCUCCUCACUCAUAGACGACCACCCGACCGACGCCGACUCAGCUGACGAAGAGCCAGCCAUCGACUAUUCGGAUAUUCCAAGAUUGCAAAAAGCUUUGGAAGCCGAAGAACGCCUAUGGUUGGUCAGAGACUGGCACCGAACAUUGGUUCGGCCCCCUUCUCUCUCUGACUCCGAAUAUGCCACCUUCCUGCAAUAUUGCACUGAGUUCUUCAUCGCAGCCGACAAGCUAUGGAGAAAAGACUCGCACGGCCGACACAAGAUUAUUGCAGCACGCUCCAGUCGAAUCGCAAUUCUCACUGCUGCCCACGACGAUGUCGCUCACAAGGGAUUCUACGCCACGACCGCCUUGGUCGCCAAACGCUUCUGGUGGCCGCACAUGAGGCAAGAUAUUUCCUGGUUUGUUCGGACCUGUCACCUUUGCCAGAUUCGCCAGACUCGCAAUGUCCUCAUUCCCCCAACCGUCGCCACGCCUGCAUCACUCUUCGCGAAGAUGUAUAUGGACACCAUGCACAUGCCGACCACUGGUGGUUUCAAGUAUCUUGUUCAAGAGAUCGUCUCCGACAACGGACCAGCAUUCGUCAAGGCACUUGACCAGUUAGCGAAAAAGUACCACGUUUGGCACAUCCGCAUUUCGGGCUACAAUUCCCGCGCCAACGGCAUCGCCAAACGACCUCACUUCGACGUUCGGCAGGCUCUGUUCAAAGCCGUCGAUGGAGACCAGGCCAAGUGGAAUCGUGCAACUCAUUUCGUAUUCUGGGCUGAUCGCAUUACUGUUCGGCGCCGAAUGGGUUGCACACCAUACUUCGCAGCGACCGGAACCCAUUCCCUCCUGCCCCUCGACAUCGCCGAAGCCACCUACCUCCUGCCACCGCCGACCACAACCCUUAGCACCACCGACCUCAUCGCCCGACGAGCCAUAGCCUUGCAGAAACGCCAAUCAGACCUCACCCACCUUCGCAGCUCAGUUGUCGACGCCCGUGUCCAGGCCGCCAUCCGAUUUGAACAACAGCAUUCGGCCACACUUCACGACUUCAAUUUCCACUGA